AUGUCCCAGAGGCACCACAUAUCCAUCAUCGCAGUUUUCUGAAGGAGCAUGUCGCAUGUAAGGAGGCUAUACCUAUCAAAGAUUCAGUAGUCCUUUCAAAGAUACGUCAAACUUAUAGAGUUGGCUAUCUAAAGGAUGUCAUGUUGGCUCAAAUGUUGGAUGAGGCAACAAUAGCAAAUCUCAAUUCCAUUAUCAGUUCAAACAAUGCAAUGGUUGUGUCUCGUCUUAAAGAUGAUAACACCUUUAUUCAGGAAUUAUUUGCAAAGUUGAGGUCACCUACUACUUCUGCAGAAUCAAAGAAAAAAUUGAUACACUUUUUGCAUGAGUUUUGCACCUUGAGUAAGAGCUUGCAGAUGGUCCAGCAAGUUCGGCUACUCAGGGAUCUUGUUAAUGAGGGCAUAUUCGAUAUUAUAGUUGAUGUUUUGCAGAACCCUGACAAAAAGCUUGUGCUGAUGGGGACAGACAUUCUGAUUCUCUUGAAUCAGGACCCAAAUCUUCUGCGGUCUCAUGUAAUUCGUCAGGAAGGUCUUACCCUUUUUGGACUUCUGGUCAGAGGUAUGCUAACAGAUUUUGGGGAUGACAUGCACUGCCAGUUUAUUGAAAUUCUUCGCAGUCUGUUAGAUUCAUAUGCAUCAGGAUUACAGAGAGACACUAUAGUUGAAAUUUUCUAUGAGAAGCACCUAACCGGAUUGGUUCAAGCUAUAACAUUAUCCUGCCCCCCAAAUGGGGAGUCACUGUCAGUCAGCGAGUCUGCAUGCUCUGAUGGAGGAAAUGGGAAGCAAAGUUGUGUGAAGCCGGAAAUACUACUAAAUAUAUGUGAUCUCUUAUGUUUUUGUGCCGUGCACCAUCCUUAUAGAAUAAAGUGCAGCUUUCUUCUUAAUAAUGUGGUAGAUAAAGUUCUGUUGUUGACACGAAGAAGAGAAAAGUACCUAGUAGUUGCUGCUGUUAGAUUUGUGAGAACUCUUAUUUCCCGCAAUGAUGAGUAUUUGAUGAAUCAUAUCGCCGAGAAGAAUCUUUUAAAACCAAUUGUUAAUGCUUUUGUUGCUAAUGGAGAACGCUACAAUCUUCUGAACUCGGCUGUUCUAGAGCUUUUUGAGUACAUACGUAAGGACAACUUAAAAAUAUUGCUCAAGUAUUUAGUGGACUCAUUCUGGGAUGAGUUGGUCAAGUUUGAAAAGUUCUCAUCCAUCAAUUCUCUGAAAGUUAAAUAUGAGCAGUCUCUAGAGGAUUCAGGAAUAAGAAAUGUUGGCAGUUUAUUAGACCCGAGGAAACGAGUUGAUGAGCGUAGUUUAGAGAAAGAAGAAGAAGAUUAUUUCAAUGAAGACAGUGAUGAGGAAGAUUCUGCUUCAGUCUCUGUGGCCAAUGCAAACAGAGUGAAGUCUCAACUGGUGGUGCCGAAUGGAUCUGCUCCGAGCGACACAUCUGUUAGAUCCGGGGGAGUUGCUGUUUCUGGGGAUGACGACAACGAUGAAGAUUAUAAGCCACCACCUAAGAAGCAGUCAGAUAUUUCUGAUGAAGAUGGAGACGACUCUUUCCAAUUAAAACGGAAGGUGGCUCCAAAAGAAGGCCCUGAGCCAAAAAGGUUGCAGCGUGUUGCUAAGGUUUCUAAAUCGAAGGACAGUGUCUUUGCUGCUUUAUGCUCAACCUUAAGUCAAGCCGUGUUGCCCUCCAAAAAUACAGAAAGUCCUGCACCAGGUAUCCCUCGCGUUGAUGAAAACAAGGGAUCGGUUGAGGCCAGCCAUGAUGAGGAAGGAAGUCUUUCUGAUAAUGGUAGUGCUGAUUUUGAAAAUCAUGCCAACAAACAAGCAACUUCUCCUAAAAACAAUUCUGAAAGCUUGCACAAUUCUCCAGAAAGUAGGAAGUGUGAAGAAGACUCUCCAUUAAUGCAACCGAAGUCAUCUCCUGAAAUGGCUGUAAAUGGAUCGUAAUAUUUCAAGAUUCGUGAUGCCAUUUUGACGCCUGUCAUGAUCAACUAUCUUGAGCAUGUGCUUGUGCAGAUAAGCUAAUCUGUACAAGUUUCAGACUGAGAAUUUGGUUAGUUGGCGAUUGUUUGUGUGAUUUUCCAAGUAUUGGUAGAGAGGAGUCUGUACAGUGCUGUUACAAGCAUGGGGAGAGAUUAGUGGCUUACCCAAACGCCUAAUAGCUAGAGAGUUUUCUUCUAUUCUUUACUUCGUCUUUUUCCCAGUUUCCUUACCUUAGUUAUGUGAACCAUAUGUAGUAGGGCAUCAAUUUUUGACCUUGCGCGGUAAAUCUUAUGUUUAAUGGUCAAUUGUGAGCAGCAGUUGCUAUGAAGAGGUUAGUGAAUCCUGCUUAAGGCCAAGUUUCCUACUCGUGUUUAACUUAAAGGGAAUUGUACAUUAUCCUAAUUCCAGUGUAGACAUUGUCCUCUAGUAUAUAUAUUGGGAUAGACAGCACUUGUGGUAUGACAACUGUGAGUUAUCUGGUUC